GCAACGCGGCGUCGCCACGCGGCCAGUGCUGCCCCCUGUCGGUUGACGCCUGCCCCUGCCCCAACCCCCUCCUCUCCCUGGACCUCAGUUUCCCCCUGCAGAUCCCGGCCAUGUCGGCGUCGGAGGACGGCCUCGACUUCCGGGCGCUGGAGAAAGAGCUGCAGGCCGCGCUGGCCGCCGACGAAAAAUACCAGCGGGAAAACGCGGCCAAAUUCCGGGCGGUCCACCAGAAAGUGGCCAGCUACGAGGAGUUCAGGGACAUCGUCCUCGCCUCUCACCUGAGGCCCCUGGAGAGGAAGGACAAGACAGGGGGGCCGAGGGCAGCCCCCUGGAACAGCCACGCGACCCUCGCCGGCCCCUCGCAGGAGCCCACCUUGGAGCUCGACCAGGAGGGAGCCUGCUGGCCCGAGACCUCGGCCGAGUUCCAGCGGGACUGGCGCCGGCGGCUGCGGAGCGGGCCGGAGCGCUACCGGGCCCUGCUGCGGCUCGGCGGGGCCCGCCUGGGCCGCCUCUUCCGGGCCGACGUGGGCUGCGGCCUGCUGGGCGAGAUCCUGGUGGCCCUGGCGGACCACGCCGGCCCCCCCGACCGCCCGGCCGUGCUGGACGUCCUGAGCGGCCUGGCCCGCGCCGGACGUUUCCGCCUCAACCUGAGCCUGCUGAGCCGCCCCGAGCGGGAAAGCUGCCGCCGCCUCUUCCGCCGGCUCCGGGCCGAGAUCCCGCCCGAGGACACGCCGGGUCGGGAUGAGCAGGGGCUCCUCCGGGAGCUGCUCCACCUCUACCAGGUCGACUGAGGGGGUCAGGCCGCUCCCCUCGACCGCCCCGUCCCCGGGGGGCUCCGGCUGACCCCUGGGAGACCCUCGCGAUCCCGGGAGGCCGGUUUCAUCGGCCCGCGACCUCGACGGAAAGCCGGGGUGCCGGUAGCCGGGGGAAACCACGUGGCCUUUUCCCCCCCUCACCCUCCAUUCCUUCUCCCGGCCUCCCCGGCGGUCCACGAGGGAUGGUGGGGUCCCCUGGGGACCCCAGGGGACACCUCGGAGGGCAGAGUGGGAUGUUUGAACCCCGACAGUCGGCUCUCCCCCUUCCCCAGAUGCUCCCAGGCCUCCCAGCCCAGUAAUAAACCACUGU